AUGACCGUUCAGGCGAGGCGGCAUUCCGCAGCGUACAAGUCCCCAUCACCCUAUAAUGCCCGCGACGCCGACGUCGAGAAACAUCCCUCCGCAGCGGGUGGCAGUCUUCGUCGCCCCGGAGGUGUCGUUGGCUUCAGAGUCCCCCAGCGGAUUAUGCGAUGGCUUUGUUUUGCGCUCUUCGCAGCGCUGGUCGUCUUCAUCCUCACCCUCUUCCGAUUCACCCUCUCUUCCUCCGUUUCACAAGUCACCGUCGACUUACCGAAAAUUGUCACCGCAAAGCCGCCACAAUGGGAGAGCUUCCCAUUCCUCAAUCGCUACGAAGGCGGUAUUUCUGCCUUGGUCUCGCGCCAGAACAAUGUUCCUGAAUACCCCGGCGAUGGCCCCGAGGACUUCACUGUCCGACCGGAAGACGAGGAGAAGCAGGAGGCGCAAAGCCAGGAACCCAAGGUCAACAAGAGAGACAAGGACCUGCACCCGAACAUGGAGAGCAGUGUGUUCAAUCCCUACCCCGACUACCAGUCGCCGGAAUACAUCAAGAAGUACGGUGAGAAGCGCGAGUGUUUCCUCAACCCGGAGAACUCGCUGCGCGUUCCAUCCAUCCACAGCUACCCAGGAGUCCCCAAGGGCUUCCCGGAGCCGGCAAUGGGCGACAACAAGAUGCUCGGAAUCCGAGACGACAUGUGCUUCGAUCGAUUUGGCCGAUUGGGUCCUUACGGCUUUGGAUACGGGGCAAAGAAGGGCGGUUCCGGCGCUGGGCUGGAUGGACAUCGUGAUGGCGCCGAACGCGUUUGGGCGGAUGCGCCUCCUGUGGACUUCCGGACGAUCGACUGGGCCGAUGCCCAGAACCGCUGCCACUCGGCUAACCGCCAUCGUUUCAACGACUUGCCCGAGCCUCGUCUAAACCGCUUCGUUGCCAUGCCCAUGGGUGUUCCUAAAGUGAACAUCCCGCCCCCGGCGGAAGACACUCGCCAGGAGCCUCCUCAAAUCGGUGCUGAGCGCGUGUCGCGCACCGCAGUGGUUAUUCGCACCUGGCACGACUUCAAUUAUACCCCCGAGGAUAUCAUGUACAUGCGCUCUAUUAUCUCUGAACUUUCGCUGAUGUCUGGUGGAGAGUACACCAUUCAUUUCUUGGUUCACGUCAAGGACACCAACCUGCAGAUCUGGUCCGAUGAUGAGACCUACCAGCGUGUGCUACAUGACUCUCUGCCCGAGGAGUUCCGUGGAAUGGGAACCCUUUGGUCAGAGCCUCAGAUGGCCCUCAUGUACCCCGGACUGGAGGAGACAUGGAUGCGCGACUUGCCGAUUCACGGUGUCUACCGUAGCACCUACAUGCCCAUGCAAUACUUCGCCUUCCAACACCCCGAGUACGACUACUUCUGGAACUGGGAGAUGGACGCGCGCUACACAGGCCAUUGGUACCAUCUCUUCGACAAGGUCGGCGAGUGGGCCAAGAAGCAGCCGCGAAAGGGUCUUUGGGAGCGCAACGCGCGCUUCUAUGUUCCCUCUGUCCACGGCUCAUGGGAAGACUUCCGACAGAUGGUCCGUGUGCAGACUGAGAGCGGCACCAACUCUGCUAACAACAUGUGGAGCCCCACCAAGGGUGGAGACCCCAACGUGCGAGGCGGCUCGAUGCACCAGCAAGGCGACAGGUCUAUCUGGGGACCUGAGCGCCCUGACGAGAGAGAUAUCUUUGAAGUCGAGGGCGAGGGUAUCCCGCCCACCAGUAUGGAUAAGGACCAGUACCAAUGGGGUGUUGGCGAAGACGCAGACUUGGUCGUCUUCAACCCGCUCUACGACCCCGAGGGCACAACCUGGAUCCUCCGUGACGAUGUUACAGGGUACAAUAGGGAGAAGGGCAUGCCACCGCGCCGCACAGCUAUCAUCACCGCCUCACGUAUUUCCAAGAAACUGCUCACUACUAUGCACCGCGAAUGCGCCCUGAAGCGCCACAGCAUGUUCUCGGAGAUGUGGCCCGCCACCACCGCCCUGCACCACGGUUUCAAAGCUGUCUUCGUCCCUCACGCCGUCUACGUCGACCGCCGCUGGCCCACCCGAUACCUGGAAUCGGUAUUCAACGCCGGCCGCAACGGUGCUUCGGGCGGUGCGCGCACCUCCAUCUUCGGCGACCGCGAGCACAACUUCCGCGGCACGACCUGGUUCUACUCCGCGGGCUUUUCGCCAAACCUUUGGCGUCGCUGGUUGGGUCUCCGUGUCGACAACGACGGAGGCGAGCAGCGCGAGCUUGCCGGCGAAGGUCGCAUGUGUCUUCCUCCUAUGCUCCUGCACCCCGUCAAAGAAGUCAACAUGAUCAUCGAAGACGGUGAGCAUGCGGAAGAUCAUUGA